CGCGCUCAUUUCCUUCCCUCCAUUCUUCUCUAUCUCUCUCUUUCUCCCUCGACUUUCUCGAUCUCCCGGAGCUGACGACUGUAACUCCCCAACUCAUUGGCGACCGAGAAGUGGCCCUAAUUCCGGUGCUCUUUCAGGCAACGGAGACAUGGACUCCGACGAGGGGAAGCUUUUCAUCGGAGGAAUAGCUUGGGACACCUCCGAGGAGAAGCUCAGAGACUAUUUCUCCCACUUUGGCGAAGUUAACCAAGCUGUUAUUAUGCGCGACAAGACCACUGGCCGUCCCCGUGGCUUCGGCUUUGUCGUCUUCUCUGAUCCUUCCGUUCUUGAUCAGGUUCUUCAGGAUAAACACACCAUCGAUGGCCGCCAGGUGGAGGCGAAAAGGGCGUUAUCAAGAGAAGAACAACAAACUUCCUCAAGAAGUGGGAUUUAUAACUCUGGCAGAAGUUCUGGAGGUAGUGGAUAUUUUAGGACCAAGAAAAUAUUUGUUGGAGGUCUCCCUUCCGCACUAACAGAAGAUGGGUUUCGGCAGUAUUUUGAAAGUUAUGGUCAAGUAACUGAUGUAGUGAUAAUGUAUGACCAAAAUACUCAAAGACCUCGUGGAUUUGGUUUCAUAACAUUUGACAAUGAAGAUGCAGUUGAUAGAGUACUUUAUAAGAGCUUUCACGAACUGAAUGGUAAACUUGUAGAGGUGAAACGAGCACUUCCUAAAGAUGCAAAUCCAGGAAGUGGUGGUCGUGGAGGCUAUCAAAAUUAUGGUGCCUCUGGCACCAAUGCUAACAACUUCGAUGGUAGAUCAGAUGGCAAUAGAUAUAUGCAACCUCAGUCUACUGCUGGUGGUUUCCCCCCAUAUGCUGGAUAUAGUGUAUCUAGUUAUGGUUAUGGAGGUCCAAAUAGCGGUGUUCCUUAUGGAAGUUAUGGUAGUUACGGUGUUGGUAUGUAUGGUGGUGCUAAUACUGGAUUUGGUGGUCCAGCUGGGCCAUUUGGAAAUCCUAGUGCUGUCAAUGCUGGUUAUCUAAGUGGAGCACCGGGAGCCAUGAAAAGUUCUUGGCCCAACCAAGCUCCCGGAUAUGGUGGUCCUGGCUAUGGUGCCAGUCCAGGCUUUGGCGCUGGAGCUCCUUGGAGUGCUUCAGGUACUAGUGGACCUCCUGCCCCAAGGGGUCAAUCUCCUAGCGGGGCUUCUGGGUACGGGAAUCAGGGUUAUUAUGGUGGAAAUGAUGGUACUUACGGUGGAUAUGGAACCUCUGGUGGACGAGCUGCAAGCGGUCCAAAUAGCAACGUUGGUUCUGGUCAAAGUGGAGAGUCACAUGGCAUGACUGGUGGAUACAUGGGGAGUGGCUAUGGGGAAACUAAUGGAAAUUCAGGUUAUUCUAGUGGUGGCUGGAGAUCUGAUGCUUCACAGACUCCUGGUGGUUAUGGUGGUGGAUAUGGUGGCACUCAGUCCAGACAUGGUUAACCCCACUCACCAAAUAUUUGCACAUCUUAUCCUUUUCCACGCUCAAGACAUUAUGCUUGAUAGUAACAAAUCCUGAGAAUGGUGGGGUCCUCUUCAUUCUCAGUGCUAUCAGGCAGUGUAAUUCUGUAGUUGAAUAUGUCCAUUGCUUUCUAGCAGUAGUAAUAUUUAUUUUUAGGCUUGUUAUCUUGAGGUUGCUUAUUGUUGUGAGCAUUUGGAAAAUUGAAAACAUUGACGCACUUCUUUUAUGUUUUUCUUUCCCUUAAUCUCAUGUAGAAGCUAGAAUAGUAUCUAUUUACUUUUCUUUCUCUAUGUUGAUGAUGGGUGGCUAUGAGGAUAUUCUAUACACUGUUAUUGUAUUGCAAGUUUACUGUUUUUCAUGGUGA